CCAUUUGGAUUUGGCCCUCGGACUAAGCAGGUACUGGUUUGUAUGACAGCUUUGUCUCACGUUUAGCUAUACAUCACGAUGAUGCGUGGACUAAGUGUAGUCGUAUGCUUCCUGCUGAUCAGCGAGGCAGUGUUUCUGUCGUUCUCGCCUCGGAUCGACAGCAACGAGACCGCAUGGGAGCAGUCUGACCACUGUGAACUGGACCCCAAGAGUUUGAUCUUCAGUUUAUACGAUCGGGCAGUGAAGCAGGCGGUCCCUACAACAAUUCCUGUUCAUACCUUCAUGAUGGAUAUCUACCUGAGGAUGAGAGCUGCAGACGAAAGCGAUGAGCCCAUUGCGGAGAACACGGCCUUCCCAGAGGAACCCAAAGUCAAAGGCUUCAUUCCUGUUACACAAGAUAAUUCACCACGUAUGAAUGUGGUGCAUAUGCUGUUUAAUCUGACGGGCCUGAGGUUGUUAAGAUUUGGGUGGAAUUCGGUGAGCUUGGUUCUCACCCAACGCCCGUGGAGCCGGGCGUCAGGCAGUAUGGAGCUGCAGCUAGGGCUGGACACUGGACACAACUUGGUCAAUGUGAGUCACAAGGUAAAGUUAGAGCCGAGAGACCAGAAGAAGAUAGUUUUGGACAUCAGUGACCCUUUAGAGAAUGUAACGAAACCCUUGAUGUCCGGCUCUGGGUGUGUUCUGCUCAGACUGACUCUUGGCGUUAUUCAGGCCCAGGGGCACUCGCGAAUGCGACACAAAGCCCCAAACAAACUCUUCAGACUGGAUAGAGAGCAAGAUGGAGCUUUACUCGUCUUUUAUUACAACACCAAACAAUCCAUUUUACAACGGCCCAAAAAGAUAAUACGUAAACCGCGUUCGCUGAAACAGAACACCAAGCUUUGCGGUGUACGCGAAUUCAAGUUUCCCUUCAAAAAGAUUGGCUAUGACGUCUCUUAUCUUCUUCGUCCGUCCAACUACACGCUGAAUUACUGCGCAGGGGACUGUCCGGCCCUCCUGGUUCGGAAGGAUAACGGUCCGUUCAGGGUCACACUCUAUGCCUUCCUGAAGGGGAAGUACCACUUGUAUACUGACUACAACACUACUCACCUGCCGCUCGCUAAAUGCCUCCCCAACGACUACUACCGAAUGGCGAUUCUGUACAGAAAUAUGCACACGAAGUCCAUGGACGUUAUAAAUUUGGAGAACGCUAUUGUGAAGUCGUGCCAGUGUGCCUAAGUCAUCGUCAGUAUACAAUAACUGGUACUUCAUUAGACGUGCUAAACUUGAAAUCAAAAUUGGUAUUGCUUUACCCGACUUAAGUAUUAUUCUAUAGUGAUAGUCCCACCUUCAGGCUUCUGCGUCCCACCUUCAGGCGAGACUGGGCUUAUUGAAAAUUGAAUGAACACAACGUUUAAGGCUAAUACCAUAUAUAGGGCUAUAGAUUUUCAACGUGCCUGGUGUUAGAAACCCUAGGGCAGACGAUCUCAAUACAGAUACAGGAGAGGAAAAACGAUGUGCAUUUAAGUGAUUGGACUCAUGACAUCCACAAUAUGAACAUGUCUGUCGGACAUAAAAAUAAUGACCGCAGUGUCUAAGCCAAUAUGCAAUAUACCAAAACUGAUACUUAUACGUUGAUGUAUACUUUUGUAGAGAGUAUCUCACACCGGAACAAUUGCUUCUAAUAAUAUAGAAAUCAUGCUAAUGUAUGUAUUUAUUUAUUUACCCUAUUUUAUGUGUUUUACGUCGUAUUCGUUAAUAUUUCACAUAUGCGACCGCAGCCAGCGUUAUGGUGGGAGGAAACGGAACAGAACGCGGGGAAACCCAGGACUAUCCACAGGUUGCUGUCGGACGUACUCACGUAAGGCAGGACAGAAAGACAGCAUGGGCUGGGCUAGAACUCACAUCGACCGCAUUGGUGAGAGGCUCCUGGGUCAUUGCGCCAUGCUGACACCCUGUACCACCUCGGCCACCCCCAUACUAAUGUAAUUAGCUGUUACGUUAAACGGUUCUUUGCAGGACAAGGGGUAAGAAGAACUGAGCGAUCGCCAUUGUAAAUUACAAGAAAAUGACCACCAGCCACUGUCACUUAAAAUACUAAUCAAGCAACUAUAAAACGAGAUGUUUGCUGUCAGGGCCAAUUUCCGUCAAGUUUGCCCGUCAAGGGAACGAGUUCAAAACUGUAUUAGCAGUUGACAUUAUUCUUGACUAAACUCCUAUUACUGUUGUAUUAGGACAAAAAUGGUCUGUCUUAAAUUUGAAUACAUGUUUGAACAACACACCAAUGCGCUCUAUGGCAUGGUUCUCUUGUAGAGAGUUAUCUGCGGCGUUACAUAAGGAUGGUAUUCUAUUAAUUCAACAUAACGAUUGUACAAGACUAAUAAAUAGGAUAUUAUGUUGAAUAAAAUCCAGUAUUUUCUUAUAAUAACAGAAUACAUUUGAGCAUCAAUGAGACGACAUAUUUUCUGCUAACUAACAGAUUACAUGUAUUUUUUUAGUGUAGUAUGAAAAUCGUAAUAAAAAAGAUAAAAAAUGCACUGCGCCCUUUUAUACAAGGACCUAAAAUCCAUAUCCAUAUGUCUCCUGAAAAACAAUACAUGAGCAUUAUUUGAAAUCGUCGUUUCAGCUAGACGAAACAUGCCUACGUUUCGUCUUUAAUUCUUUUGGGAGGGUUAAUUGUUAACGACGUAAUUUUAUUUAAUACACUGUGACUUUAAGAAAAAGCAACCCAUACUAACACCAAUACUAAAAUCUACAGUCAAAAAAUAAUCUGUUAAAUGAAACAGAAAGUCCGUUGUCUAAGUGAAGCUAGAAUCUUUUCUGCUAUUCCAGCAUUAUUAUUCUGUCAAAUAUAACACAUAUUCUAUUAAUUCAAUGUAAAGAUUCGGCUCACAGGAUAUUAUGUUGAAUAUGACAGAAUAUUGUGUUAUUAUAACAGAAUACAUUCUAGCAUAGCUCAGACAACAGACUUUCCGUGAAAAUUAACAUUCCUUUUUUGAGUGUACAACUUUCAAUAUAGUAUCCAUGUAAUUUAUUCAUAUUCAUUAAUGUUAAAGCCUUAACAAAGAUUCAUACCCAAAAAAUAGAUGUAUUUUCUGAAAAUGUACUCCAAAUGAAUUGAAAUUAAUCAGAUACUCAAAUUGUCUUCCAAGUAGCGAGAUAAAAUGUUAAUCGCGAGUGUGGCGCUCUCUCAGCACCGCCUCUCCUACUGUGAGAGCGAACGGUUUUCAACAUUUUUUGUUAAAAAAGGGUCCCUACAUGUGGGUAGUAGUAAUUAUCAUAAUAAUUUUCCUGUUCGGAAUGUGUGUAAUUUAAAAUGUUCCCGAGACCAAUAAAAAUUCACCUU